AGUGGGGUGGGUGGUGAAGUUAUAGCCGUCGCGACGUCACAAUUGUCCGGGGUGAUGGCCGAGUCUGGCCGUGAGGAAAGCGGUUGGAACGGCACGGGUCAUGGAAUCCGAGGCUCGGGCUCGAGCCCGGCCUCAAGCCGCCACGAGAAGAGUCUCGGGCUCCUUACUACACGAUUCGUGUCGUUGCUGCAGGAGGCCAAGGACGGUGUGCUGGACCUCAAGCAGGCUGCUGACACCCUUGCAGUGAGACAGAAAAGAAGAAUCUAUGAUAUCACCAAUGUAUUGGAAGGAAUUGGAUUAAUCGAAAAGAAAUCAAAAAAUAGUAUCCAGUGGAAGGGUGUUGGUCCAGGAUGCAACACUAAAGAAAUCAUAGAUCGAUUGAGGUACCUAAAGGCAGAGAUUGAAGAACUGGAAAUGAAGGAGAAAGAACUUGAUCAACAGAAGAUAUGGCUACAGCAGAGUAUUGAAAAUAUAACUGACAAUACACACAAUAAUAGAUUGGCUUAUACAACACAUGAAGAUGUCUGCAAGUGUUUUCAAGGUGAUACACUUCUUGCUAUCCAGGCCCCAUCUGGCACACAACUGGAAGUUCCAAUUCCUGAACUGGGACCAAAUGGACAAAAAAAGUACCAGAUUAAUUUGAAGAGUCAGUCAGGACCUAUUCAUGUUCUACUUAUUAAUAAGGAGUCCAACUGUUCAAAGCCUAUAGUGUUUCCAGUUCCACCACCAGAUGACCUAAUGCAAUUGCAACAAGAGCUUGCAAUACCAUCAUUACCAGAAAAACCAACUUCAACUCCACUUCUUUCAGACCGAGUUGUCUCCCUAAAGGAACCGUACCUUGUUCAGGUACCCUUACCCAAACAGUCUUCUGAUUGUGGCCAGCAGCUACCUGGUAUUGGAUCAGAUGUCUCUUACUCAAACAUGGGAGAUACACCAGAAAUUUACAAAGGGUUGGCAACUGACUCACUACAGAACAUUCGGGAACAGAACGGAUUACAAUCACUGCUUCCUUUAGACGUUGGGAGCAUUCUCAAACAUCCUCCAACUUCAUAUGACCAAAUCAAAACAGAAGAUUCAAGUGGAACAAUUGAUGGAGACAUUAUGGAUGAAUUUAUAUCAUCAGAUGUCUUUCCCCUCCUUCGACUUUCUCCUCCACCAGUUGAUGAAUACAGUUUCAACCUGGAUGAAAAUGAAGGUGUCUGUGAUCUUUUUGAUGUGCAGAUUUUAAAUUGCCAGUUUUAACCAUUGUGAUCGCCAUCCCAAGAUAUUGAAUCUACCUCUGGACCACCUGUUCAGCCUUCAUGAACUACUUCGUUUCUAUUUGUGAAGUUCACUACAGCAUUAUGGUCAAGACAAAAGUUUAAGGUUUCUGAACUUGUGUCCUUUACGUGUUUAAGUCCUACAUGGGCAUCUAUUUUAUAGAAUUGUUCAGUUUGUUUCUUCGUACUGCCAUGUAGCAAACAAUUUUUUUUCCUGCAGUUGAAUGUGAUACUGCCAUGGCAUAAUCUCAUGUUGCAAAAAAGAUUUUACUUCACUAAUGACUUUUCAACUGCCUUUUUUAAUAGGGUAGCAGGGAAAUUUGAUUAUUUUUAUAUACCACACACUUAUAAGUGCCUUUUGGUUCUUGCACUUUAGGAGAGUGUUUUUUUUUGUCUUUAUAAUGUACAGGAAAGUCUAUCUCAGUUUAGAACUGAAGUUAAGUAGCCUCCUGAUGUGCUGUUUGUUGACCUGAAAAGAUGUUUCUUCUUAUAAACACGUGGUCUUUUUAGGCCAGUUUCACCAGAAUUCUGCCAGUUCACAUAGUUCUAUGUUGAAGGUAAUCUGUGUGGAGGAACUGUGUCUAAUAGUAGAACCUGGCCAAAACACUUGAUGUUAAUGCAGCUAUAACAUUUUUCACUCCUUUUAUUUCAAUGGUUGUGGGCAUUGCUGGCAAGGCCAGCAUGAAAUACCCAUCAGUAAUCUUACAUGAUAUACUAAUGUCUAAUAAGCAUCUGGGCAAGUAGAAUGCAAAAUAGUGUGAUAAUCACAGUGCAGAUUACGUCAAUUGUACAGUCAAUGAGUUGUUUAAUUUUCGGAAGCUUGUUGCUUGUUAGGCAAACAACUUAGAAUAUAUCCUGCCUUCUCUAACUGUUCAGUGUUCAAAUGGAUUGUGACACAACUUGGAUGGUUCAGUUAGUUCAAUGUUUACUUGGGCCAGACUACCUUGUAUAUCUCAUGAAGUUUUACAGAAUGUGUUUUGUAUAAGAGGUUGACAUUUUCCCUAGGACCACCUGUCAUGUAGAAUUACAACAAAGAAAUUCUUUGUAAUAUUCAGUUUUUAUAUUGACCAAAGCUGUUGUUUUUUCUAAAA